UUGUAUAAUUACUGACAGCACGCACCUCAGAAUUGCUACCGGCUUGCAUUUCCUACUUCUCUGCAUCGCCUUUGCGGAACAUUACGCUCCGCUAGAAUACCUGAUUACCCUGCCUAUACAUCCUGAGAAGAGAAUGGUUGACCAUAUUUGCGGCUGCUAUUAUUCGGCGCGAUACCAGUCUUCUUUCCGACGAAUUUAUCUUCCCCAAGUCCGACUCGAGGCGCACACAACAAUUCAAUCAUUAGCUUCGCGCUCAAUCCUGAAGCAAAGAUUCACCAAUCCGUCUACCCAGCAGACGAUUGACGAAAUCAGAUAUGCGUUUCCCUUGUUCGAUGGAGUUAGUGUCGUUGAUUUCGUUUGCACUGUUGGAGAGCGCACCAUAUACGGGCUAGUCAAAGAGAAGGCAGAAGCGAAGAAAACCUACCAGGAAGCGAAGGCGCGAGGCGAGCAGGCUGCUCUGCUUGAACAGCUCCCUGAUGCUGCCGAUGUCUUUACAGCAACCAUCGGCAACAUCCAGCCCGGAGCUGUCAUCGACGUAACCAUCACCUACGUUCAGGAGCUCAAACACGAUGCCGAAGUCGAUGGCUUGCGAUUUACUCUGCCUACUAAGAUUGCGCCGCGCUAUGGCUCGUACCCCGGUACACUCUUAGGCACGUCCCACAAUGUCUCGGGCGAUAUCUCGCUCACUGUCGACAUCUGUUUGGCAAACGGAGUCCCCAUCAAAAAGGUCAUCUCACCUUCGCAUCCUAUAGAACUAUCUCUGGGUUCUCUCUCAACCAGUCGCAGGAACGACCAACACUCCGUUUCCAAAGCAUGUGCGACUCUUACUCUAGGCACUGCACUUCUCGAUGCCGAUUUUGUGCUUCAAGUUGUUGCCAACGACAUCGGAGUUCCUCAGGCUGUUCUCGAAACACAUCCCACGAUACCCAAUCACCGUGCGCUGCUGGCUACGCUUGUCCCUAAAUUUAGCCUUAAGGCACACAGGCCGGAGAUCAUAUUUUUGGCAGACAGAUCCGGGAGCAUGGAAGCUAAUUUCGGUACAUUGAGAACGGCUCUGAAAUACUUUCUCAAAUCCAUUCCCUCUGGUUGUCGGUUCAACAUCUGUUCUUUCGGAAGCACACACAGCAGCCUUUGGCCCAACAGUCAGCUCUACUCGGAAACGAGCCUCAGAAAGGCUCUCAGCCAUGUGGAUACAUUCCAUCAUAGCCUGGGAGGAACGGAGACUCUUGCCGCUGUCAAGCAGUGCUUCUUAUCCCGACGACAAGAUGUACCCACGGAGCUUAUACUACUUACGGAUGGUGACAUAUGGCAGCAACAACAGUUAUUUGAUUAUAUAGCGCGUGAGACGAAGAGUGCACCAGUACGCGUUUUCCCAAUUGGCAUCGGAAACGGUGUCUCCAGUUCACUCAUAGAAGGCAUUGCUCGAGCGGGUAAUGGCUUCGGACAGAUGAUCGGGAAUGCAGAGAAGAUGACGAGCAAAAUCAUUCGAAUGCUCAAAGCAGCACUCAUGCCACACAUUAGCGAUUACCGCCUUGAGAUUCAAUAUCAAGAUGGAACUAUCGAGUCCAUUUCCGAAAGUACGGAGCUCAGUCUCAACCUGGACGACAACGCCGCACAGACAGACGGCGCGCCAAAGGCACCGAUCUCGCUGUUCAACCCAACCGAAGAGGAGAAGCACCCCAAGGCCGACGAAAAACCAUUGAAAAUCCCAGGGUACAGAAUUCCGAAUAUUCUGCAGACUCCGCACCAUAUUCCACCUCUCUAUCCUUUCCAUCGCACAUGUGUAUAUCUGCUCAUGGGACCCAAAACAUCUCAUCUCAAACCGAAAAGCGUGUUGCUGAAAGGGACAUCGCCUCAAGGCCCUGUAGAACUCGAAAUUCCCAUCGAAGUUCGUCAAGAGCCGGAACAAAUGAUACAUCAACUCGCAGCUCGAAAGGCAACUCAGGAGCUCGAAGAAGGCCGAGGGUGGAUCAGUGACGCUACAGUAGACUCCAUCGAUGGCGGUUUAGUGAGAGAAAGGGACCCGUACGUACACAAAAAGCUUCUACAGAAGGAAGCUGUUCGUCUCGGUGUAAAAUUUCAGGUCGGUGGUAAAUUCUGCUCGUUUGUGGCUGUAGAAGCCAAUCAGGCCGAGAUUACAGCAAAACGACAGGCUGCUGCAGGAGGUUCUAGGGCCGAUACUACGGACUGGGAGAUUGUAGAAGAUGCUCCGGAUCAUUCAGAGUUUGAUAUAGGGUUGGGGUUCGAUGAUGGAGCCACCCUCGACACAUUCGAUUUUGAAUCUUUCCUUCACGUCGGCGAUAGCGCUCCAGUUGAAUUCACGGGACAGGCGAGCACCGAAGAGAGAUUCAGGAUGAUGCCAAGUAACACACGCAUGAAAAAUAACCCCUUGUCGUUCAUGUUCGCGGGAGGACAAACCAUCAAUCAACAACCACCACAGCAUCACAUGCAUCCUCCCGCAUACGGUUCCUCCAGCGCAGGAACCGGUUUCAAAGGCUUUAGCCACAGUAACAACAACAGCGGAGGGCUCUUUGGCACAUCUUCGACUCCGGCCUCAGGAGCAAGUCUCUUUGGCACCUCUUCGAAUCCGGUCAGUGGAACAUAUCCCUUCGCCCAGCCGUCUACGCCUGUGGCUAGGGGUGGACUAUUUGGCCAAAGCAAUCCCAACAAUGGAGGUGUUUUUGGCGUCUCACCGAAGCCUGCUGCCAGCACAUUCGGCCAAAGUAAUUCUAGUUCUGGUAAUACUGGUUUUAGCGGCUUUGGAGCACCUCAAAGCAGUGCAUUCGGCCAAAGCAAUCCUAGUUCUGGUAAUAGUCUGUUUGGCAUCUCACCGAAGCCUGCUACCAGCGCGUUCGGUCAAAGCAAUCCUAGUUCCAGUCAAAGUCUUUUUGGUAGCUCUUCGAAACCCUCAAGUGGCGCAUUUGGCCAAGACAAUUCUAAUACUGGCGGGAGCCUCUUCGGCGGCCAGAUCAGUACACCUGGCGCUACUGGAGGAGCUCCUUUUGGUCAUACCAGCCCCAACACCGGUGGAAGUAUAUUCAAUCAGAACAACAAAUCUCUCGGGUAUAGUGCACCUGCUGCGCUCCGCCAUAGUCCGCCCGAGGUUGCCGACCAAGAUAUACUCCAACAGUAUCAAAAUGAGAUGAUGUGCAGUGCGCAGAUGCCUCUACCGGAUGAAGACGACAGUGAUCUCGAUGGGGGAGCCCCCCCACCAAAAAAACCCUUCAAGUUUGAGUAUAACAGCACGACGUCCACCGGGCCCUUGCUGGAGCGUCUUGUCGACCAGCAGGGAUUCAAUGGCUCUUGGCCUUCAGUCAAAUCUAUACCAGCCAAGGAGAUGGGGAUCAAAUUUGACGAUGUGCAAAGUAUCAUCAAGAUGCUAGUUUCUGCCGCGAAGUCAGAGGCCGAUCAAUCUAUGAUUGAAACACUGGUGGGCACUGUUCUCGUCGUACUUCACAUGGAGAGAAACAUGGCGGACGAAGAAGAGACGUGGGAAUUAGUGGUGGAGAAAGCGCGCACCUUCAUCGACGAAAUGCAGGAUACACUCGGUCUGGAUGUUGUCGAUCAAUGUUGGAAGCUUUGCGAUGCCAUUACACUAGAUUAG